UAUGCUGUUCUCGUUGCCUUGAUCGUAAUCCACGCCACGACUUGCCCUUUUACCAUUUUGUUGAAUCUGUUGGUGAUGAUCGCUGUGAAGACUAAAGCACGCCUGCAGAGCAUGUCCAACAUGGCAUUGGCUUGCUUAGCCUUGACUGACGUGAUGGUCGGAUUAGUUGUCCAGCCUCUUUUUAUGGCUCAGAUAUGGAAUAUCAUACAAGGGGAAACCACAGCCAGUGCAUGCUCAAUACAAAUUGCCGUAAGAUUUUUCUUCUUCUUCUUUUGCUUGUCUUCCAUUGUUCACCUGUUUUUAAUAACACUGGAUCGGUACAUCGCCAUCAUGCGUCCCCAUGUUUACAUUCAAACCAUCACCAAGGGUCGUGUACUGAUUGCCUCUUCUCUUGCAUGGGCAGUCACUAUAAUUGUACACAUGGCGUUGCUUAUUAACAAGGAAGUGGGUAGAUAUAUUACGCAUGCUGUCAUAGUUUCACUUAUUACAAUCAUUGUAAUCUGCAACGUGAUAGUUUACCGUGAGGUUCAUCGUCAUGAAAAAGAAAUAACAGCUCAGCAAGUCGAUGUAGCGAGAAAAGAGAACUUUUUAUCUCAAAAGCGAGCUUUCAAAUUAACAGUGAUGAUUAUAAUUCUGAUAAUAACAAGUUAUUUUCCUGUAAUUAGUUUUGUAGAGCUCAAGGAGCCUCUGAAAAACGUCGUAAGCGUGGGCACGUUGACUUCCAUUUUUAUGGUUGUUGGUAGUUUAGCGGCCUUUAACUCUCUUGUUAAUCCGUUUAUUUAUUGUAUAAGGUUACAACAGUUUCGGGUCGCAUUCAUUGAAUUAUUGAUAAAGAAAAACCACAAUGAAGCUGACGAAUUUUAAAGCAAGAUGUUGGGAACAAUAGUGGUCAAUUUUGAAUCCAACCUGAGAGGAGAGAAAAGGGAACAGAAUACUAACCAGGCCAACGCCAUCAGAGGCGUGGAAAUAUCCCUGGGUGGAGAGAGAGGGGAACAGCAUGCAAACCAGGCUAAUGUCAUCAGAUACUUCGAAACAUCCCAAGGCGGGGAGAGAGAGGAACAACACACCAACCAGGCCAAUGUCGUCAAAGACGUCAAGAUAUCUUUUGGUUUCAAGAGAGAGGAACAGCUCACCAACCAGGCCAAUUUUAUGGGAGAAGUCUAAUUAUCAGUAGAUGGGGAGAGAGAGGAACAUCGUACCAACCAGGCCAAUGCCAUUAGAGACGCCGACAAAAUCAACGUAUCAAUUGAGACUUAACGAUUUGUACAAAAAAUAUGUCAUGAAGAAAUCAAAAUUUCUGUCGAGUGACAACAAUAGCGAGAUUUUCGCUGUUAAUAUAGAUAAUCAAAGCAUAUAAGUAUCUCGCCUGAUGUUACCUAGUGUAUAAGUUCCUAACAUUCCCUGUGAUUAAAAAGUAGCUGAACGAGGUCUUCGUUUUAUUGUUCUCGCAUGAUAUUUUUGUAGUUGUAGCUGGUCUGUGAUGUGAAAUAUAAAUGCAUCAAUUCAUGACAAUUUUACCUCGCUUUUUUUUCUGAAAUUUAGUCUUACAACGUGAAGUAAAACAGAAAGACGUAUCCUGACCCAGCUGACACUUGUACUGAGUUACGAUACUUUUUCUGAGUUCUUAACUAUGUUCCUUUUAAUUUCAGUACCGCUGAAUCAUGCUGUAUCGUAGCAGUUUGAGCGGUUUUUUUGCUUCUCCUGUGACUGCAGACGUCUUCGUUCUGCAAAGUUUAGCGCUGUCGGGCGCAGAAAAUACUUGGAUGGGUGGCCGAGCGGAAUCUCCUUUACAAGUGUUGAUAUAUUUGGACGAUGUUUGGAUCCCUUUUAUCUUAACUUUACGGUAUUCUAGAGCGGUUUUCACUUGACUGUCGAAAGGGAUUGGUUUUGGUUUUGGUUUUGGUUUUGGUUUUACUACGCCCUUUGGUUGGCUAGUGUAUUUACUUUGGUUUUGGUUUUACGACAGUCAAGUGAAAACCGCUCUAAUACAUUUAAGAAUAGGCAUAACAUGUUUUCUAUCAAUACAACUAUCAGAAAUGCAAAGAGCUUUCAUUCAUGGGUAUAGUUCAUAAUUAUAAGGAAUCGGGGAAUCGCUUCCCUGCAAUUAUCGAUGAGUCUGGACGACAGCCUUAAGUACCAUAAAGUAUUUUUUCUAAUCAUUCAAAUUUCAAAAGGUAGGCGCUUGAAAAAAAAGGAAAAUAAUAAUUCAACCUUAUUACGCCAUUGACCAUUGCGUCGUUUUAAGCAACAACUGAAUCGGAGAGCUGAACACUGCCCUCGAUUUCACAUUUUUUAAUUUCCCAUUCCCCAUUUCCCAUUCCUCGUUUUAGCAACAACCAUUUGACAUGCGGUACAUUUAUGAGUGGCUUGGCAAUUAAAACAUCUUUCAAUUGACCCAAUACCUCUUAUGUUCUUUCAUUGCAAAAUUAUCUUCACCAUUUAAAACAUAUGCAAAAAUAAUCGCAAAAACGGUUGUACUUUUUUUUUUCGUUUGCCUAUAGAUAAUAACCUAAAGUAGCGAUUAAAUUAAACGGCAAAGUAAAUAUCUGCAACGAUAUAUUAUACCCAAAUUUUGUUUUAAAACAAGCUGGGUUUGCUAUGCUGAAAUAGCACCUGUUCUGGUCGAUCAAUUCCCAAAAGGUUUUCGUUUUCAAAUGACGUUCGCCUUUUUAAAGGAAUUUACUGCUUAACUGAAUUGUUUCUUGGUUUUAAUUUCUCCAACUUAAUGCAUUAAUGAGUGUCAUGUCUAUUUUUGUUAUAUCGUGCGCGAUACAUAUGAAAUAUUUGUGUAAAGAUACAGAACUACGUUUUUCAGACGUCAAAACAAAUUCAAAUUUAUGGUACUUUUAACUUAAUUCUCUUCUAGAGAAGUCACUUCUAAGUAUUUUGUUAUAUCUGUCCCUUUCUAGUCAGUGCAUUGAAAGAAACUGAAUUCGAAUGGGUUUAUUUUGAGGACUUAUUUUACUAUUCGCUAGCUUAUUAAAAAAUAUUCCGCUUCUAAACACAGGAACGAAAAACUCCGGAAUGAAAACCGUGUCGUGAGAGUUGAUUUCCUUUUCUACUUUCGUCCGCGUAAUAACGUACGCUUCUCUUGGACGCUUCGCAAAGAAAACAUUUUUUUUUACUUCACUCAAUUUUUUGCUGUUAUUGCCACAUUGUUGUUGGGGACGGUUUGAAUAAUGUUUGUCACACCCUACCUCCCCUAGGAAUCACGUGUCGGAAAAAUUACGAGUUCGGACCAUGUCUUUAAAUGUUUGCUUUGCUCUUCUUUGUUUUGAAAUUUCAAGGACGUCAAAAUUAUCUGUAUUUGCGCGUCAACAACCUACUAAAGGGUCAAAGAUUAACGUCAUGUAAUGUUCCUCAUGUGUAACUUGUUUAUCCAACAAUGAUUUACGGCGUUUUUUAAAAAAAAUAAAGAACUUCACUUAUCAGUCGCAAAAACAGUUUCAUUGUACGGCUAUACUGCUAUGGGAAAUAACCACUGAAUUUAAAGAUAAUAAAUGUACUAACACAAUAUUAUCCCAAAAUUUCAGAGCACCUGUUCUGACCGAUCAUUUCCCAGAAGGUUUUUGUUUUCAGGUUGGUUGUAGGUUUUGGGCAAAUGACAUUCGUCUCUUUAAAGGGAUUUCCAGCUCAAAUAAAUUAUUUCUUCGUUUAAAUGUUCCGCUCACUAAUGCAUCAAUAAGUUUGGUGUUUAUUUUUUGUUUGGUCAUACGCGAUAUAUGAGACAAAACUACUUUUUUCUGACUUCAACCUUCAUACAUAUUUGUUUUUAGUACUUUUUAGUACUGUGAACGUACUUCCCCUCAUACAGAAGUCACCUUGAAGUAUUUUGAUAUAUCCGUCCCCUACUAGUCAUUGCCUACAAAGAAAAUGAGUUAGAAUGGGUUUAUUUUAAGGAUUAAUUUUACUAUUCGCACAUUAAAUGAAACCUGAUUAAAUGAAACCUGUAAACAAAGUAACCCCAAACUAGUCAUGAGUGAGAAUCUAUCGUCAACGAAAAUUUUAGCGAUCAUAAAAUUAGGCAUAAACAAAAAUCCAGCUCUCCUUGUCUCCACGUUUCAUUUUUAUGUGCGGUCUUUGCUUUUUUUUCGGUUUAAGGAAAUUUCCAGUAAGUUGUUUUUAGACAUACUGUUAUAUUCGUUCCAUACAAGCUAUUAUAAACAACGAUUGUGACGAGAGAGCUUGGGGUCCUUGUUUCGUAAACACUCUCAUAUCGAACAACAUAAAGCCGUUACUAACAUCGAAAACGUUUCCUCGUUACUUGUUCACCCUAAAGUUUUUCUUCUUAGAGGGGAUUCAAAUACUCGAAACGUUUUCUUUCGAGUAGCAAACAAGACUAUGAUAGAAACACAGUUGCUGAAAAAUCAUAAGAAAAUAAUACGUUUGUCUUAUGUUAAUAAUUCAGUUUGUUAAUUAUCUCCCAUGAACUAGUGCCAAUCCGUACUUCAAUCAGCUUGCCGCUGUCUAAACCUUUCAGUUGAAAUAUAUCGCUCUAGAUAUUAAAAAAGGCAAAAUAUCCUUUUCCGCUUUUUUUACAGACUAGAGGAAAAUGAAUUCUUUUUUCUCUCUUUAAUCUCUUUCGGUUUUACUUGUGAUGUAAAAAGAGACCGAACAAAAUAUAAUAUUGUUAUACAUGUAUUAAAAAUGUUUUUGAGCAUAUGCGAGAUUAAAUUUUGUUCACAAGAAUGACUCUUGAAAAUGUCAAAAUUUGACUACAAAAAAAAAAUUAAAUCAGUCAGAAUAAGACGACAUUUCCUAGAAUUAAUACGUCCAAGACGGAGCAGAAGACCGGCUGAAAAUAUGAACUCGAGUCACCAGAUUCAAAACGAGUUCCCCGGAAACUGUGUGGUCUACAGUUUUAUUGGUGGUAAGCCAGAUCAUUUGUCCCAUUUAUCCUAUGCUAUUCUCACCGCCUUGAUCGUAAUCCACACUACGACUUGCCCUUUUACCAUUGUGUUGAAUCUGUUGAUGAUGAUUGCUGUGAAGACCAAAGCACGCAUGCAGAGCAUGUCCAACAUGGCAUUGGCUUGCUUAGCCUUGACUGACGUGAUGGUCGGAUUAGUUGUCCAGCCUCUUUUUAUUGCUCACAUAUGGAAUAUCAUACAAGGGGAAACCACAGCCAGUGCAUGCUCAAUACAAAUUGCCUUAAGAUUUUUCUUGUACUUCUUUUGCUUCUCUUCCAUUGUUCACCUGUUUUUAAUAACAGUGGAUUGGUACAUCGCUAUCAUGCGUCCCUAUACUUACAUUCAAACCAUUACCAAGGCUCGUGUACUGGUUGCCACUGCUCUUUCAUUGGCAUUGACUAUAAUUGUACACAUGGCGUUGCUUAUUGACGAGGAAGUGGGCAGAUAUAUUAAGCAUGCUGUCAUAGUUUCACUUAUUACAAUCAUUGCAAUCUGCAACGUGAUAGUUUACCCUCAGGUUCAUCGUCAUGAAAAAGAAAUAACAGCUCAGCAAGUCGGUGUAGCGAGCAGAGAGAACUUUUUAUCUCAAAAGCGAGCUUUCAAAUUAACAUUGAUGAUUAUUAUUCUGACAAUAACAAGUUAUUUUCCUGUAAUUAGUUUUGUAGAGCUCAAGGAGCCUCUGAAAAACGUCGUAAGCGUGGGUACGUUGACUUCCAUUUUUCUGGUUGUUGGUAGUUUAGCGGCCUUUAACUCUCUUGUUAAUCCGUUUAUUUAUUGUAUAAGGUUAAGACAGUUUCGGGUCGCAUUCAUUGAAUUAGUGAUAAAGAAAAACCACAAUGAAGCUGACAAAUUUAAAAGCAUGAUAUUGGGACCAGCCGCUAUCAACUUUGAAUCAAACCUGAGGGGAGUGAGAGAGGAACAG